AUGAAGGGAUUCUGCAAUUUUUAGAAAAUUCUUCUUAAUUACAAUAGAUUUAAUACACAAGCUUUGAAAGUGUAGUUAAGAAUGUAAGAAUUUAUUUAAUAUUUGAAGAGCUAAUUAAUAAGUUAAUAAGCAAUUUAGAUUUUGCUCUUUAAUAACAACAUUGCAAUACUUUUCAUUUAUUAAAACCAACUUAAUUGGAUUUAUAGACUUAUUAGAAAGUAAUAAUUUAUAAUAUUGGCAAUAGUUCAAAAGAUUUUAAUGUAAUUAGAAGUGGAGAAUUGGACCCAAAAAUGA